UGGCGGCGGCGUCGCUAGUGGAGGUGACGUAUUUCCGCUCCUGAGUUGUAUAGGAAGCGACAGACUAGCAUUCCACCUAACUAUAGAAAACAGAAUCCUUUACAGUGAGGUUCUCUCCUGGUUAAGUAAAGGCUUAAUAAUUAAUCAAGACCUUGUUUUUUUUGACUAAAGUUCAUCCUUGAUUUUUUUAAACUCUUGGAUCCACCUGCUACUUUUCAAAGUAUUUAAGAACAAGACUAUACAACCUAUACAGCAAACCUGAAUUCAUGAUGGAUCUGAGAUAUUUUGUGAAGAUCUCUCUGACUAUGGCUUUAGUGCAGCCGCUUCUCAUGCAUGUGUCCAUCACAGAAGCUUUAUUUGCUACUCUGCUGCUGUUUUUUGGUUAUUUACCUGUUCUCCAUCAGCUCCAGCCUCAGGAUGAGGGAAAAUAUCCUCCGGGACCCAAACCGCUGCCACUGCUGGGAAACCUGCACAUGCUCAACCUCAAGAAAACCUACAUGAGCCUUUGGGAGCUGUCAAAACAAUAUGGGUCGGUUUACACGGUGCACUUUGGCCCCAAAAAAGUGGUAAUAUUGGCAGGAUACAAGGCUGUCAAACAGGCACUAGUGAACCUUUCAGAGGAGGUUGGAGACAGAGAUAUUACACCCAAAUUUAAUGAUUUCAAUGAUGGAUUUGGUACGAAUUCAUUGUAUAUGUAUUAUCAUGGUAAAUCUCCAUGGUAUUAUGAACUGAUACAAUACCAUCACAGUACUGUUUUCAAAUGAGAAACAAAGAUUAGGCAUGUGAUACAAUAAUCACAAAGAACUCACAACCAUUUAAAUUCAACUUGAUAACAUUAAAGGAUAAAUGAUUCCUCUGCAGGGAUCUCGUUUUCCAAUGGUGAAAACUG